AUGGGUCAACGGGGGUGUUCAGCCCAAGAGCUUCUUCAAUGGGAGAAGCGGGGACCCAUACUGAGGAACCACCGGGACAACUGCGACGAAAUUUGGUCAACAGCUGUCAACACCUUCAAAGCUGCGGUUGUGGUAGUGCCUGCACACCAAGGACGACAGUUUCGCUGUGAGUUCUUUGCAGAGAGAGUGCCAAGAGGAGAAGGCACAGGGACCUUGUAUCCCCAUCUCCGGUGGCUCGUCGCAUUUUGCGGAGGCCACCAGAACAAGAACUUCGUGGGAUGCAGUGCGGACUCCUGGGAGUACAAGCUUGGGAGCUAUGCCAGCACGGCGGCAGCAGGCGAGUAUUCCGCUUCGUUUUUCGUUGUGGGUAUGCUUCUGCUUCACUGGAGUUCACGAAAGCUGCACAAAAACAGCCAAUGGAAGCUGGGUGCAGAACACGUGCAAGCCACAGCGACCAUGCUCCUGCGAGCAUUGUGCAGAGCCUUCGUGACAGCCUCACAGGCUGUCUGCAUCAGGUCGGCCAAAGUCCAGAUUGUGUUGACCGAGGAUAACAUCCACAUGAAGUGGCACACGUUCUGCAGCAGCAGUGACUCUUCAUUGAAAUGCUUGAAGGAUAUGUUUCCAGAAGAGCACGAUUUCUGCGAGUGCCUGCAAAUGUGCUGCCGUGAAGAGGUCAGCCCGAACAUCUCCGCAGCCAACCGAGAGAGUCUGCGGAAAGCUGUGGCUCUUUUGCUCCAGGCUUUCGCCGAUCUCGUGGAAGGCAGCAGGAUGUCCGACAUCUGGCAGGAGACCGAGCUCUGGACCAAGAAAGGCUACAAGAGGCUCAGUGGAUCACAGAAAGCUGCAGUGCUGGAACAGACAAAGAAGCAGCACCUCAGAUCAGCCUCCAGUGUCCUAGCUUCGCAGGAAGGAGCUGAAGGCAAACAACGAUGCAAUCUUACCAUCCCACUGGAGAGGUAUGCCUAUGCUCAGGAAGCCAGAGCUCGCUUCGGGGAGGCUCACUGGCUGAGUUUGGCAAUCGAUGGAGUUCAGGUCGGCUCCAAGUCGUUGCUCAAUGUUUUGGCCUGGGAUGGCGACUCUGGCUGGAGCUGCAUUUGUCCGCCUCAGGCUGAAGUGCCAUGGGCCGCUCUCGCACACCAACUCGCCAGCGAGGCACAAGCCAGGGUCGUGGAAGGCAGCAACACCGAGAACUCACCGAAUCAGCAGAUUCAGGUACAACAGAAGCUGAAGGCAAAGGCGGGCGAGGAACAGGCGGAUUGGGACCGGCUCAAAGGCAAAGGCGUCGAGGAUGUGCCUAGGCCUAGACAGGCUAGCCUCGCCUGGAUGCAGGACGUGAAACAUGCCCUCAAGUUCUUGGGUCAGGAUCUCUUCUCCUUCAAGGUUGAACUCCCCUACAGCAGCGACAUCCCGAAGUCCCUCAUCUUAACAACAGAUCAGGAGGCGACUCAGCUUGCUGCGUGCAAUUUUUUGAAGGAUGAAGAGCAGGGCAUCAACCUGGAGCUGAUCUUCGACCCGCAGCAUCGCCGGGGGAACGAUGCAAUGCUUGGGUUCGCGAGCUCUGGGACAUUGAGACGUGCAAUUUUCGCCAUAGGCCUCUAUAAUCUCCAGUAUGGCCGUAUCUCAAAGGAUCUGGACGAACCCGCCAGCAACAACACGGAGCAGCGGCGAGCAGCUACGUCGAGGUUUAACUCGCUGCAGCAUGCCCAAGACCACCUCGACCCCUACUGGGCUACCUUCGCCUUUCUGUUGACCGUUGUGUGUUUGACUCAGGGCUACGUGCAGUUCGCCGACGAGCUCUGGACCCCGGACGACGUCCUCAAGGAGCUUUUGAAACCCGAGCAGUCGGGAGCAGCCGCAGCUGGCAGCUCUACGGAUGUCGGACCGACCGGCGGCACCACGAAGCAGGCUGGGAUCCGGCAAGCAAAGGAGCAGAUGAACAAGAUGCGAAGCAAAACUGUGAAUACUCUGCACGUCUAUGCCAAGUGGAUCAAUGAUCCUGUGAACAAGUCCUAUGCCAGACUUAUGUUCUAUCUCCAGCAGCCAGAAGCCGUGGAUUCGGGGCAAAUGCUCGUGCACAUGCGGUCGGAGGAAAGCACCCGAGAGUUUUUCAUGAACUGCGCAUGCUGGAGCUUUCUGAAUGUGGCGAAGGACCAGUUGCUAGUCCUCAGCGACUUGCGACUCUUGAAGCGUAUCGGCUUUGACAUGCAAAGAGAUUCGGCGAGAACUCUCUCAGAGGAUUUUCUCGCACUGCAGGACGAGCUGGCGGAAAUCAUGUUUUUGGUGCUCCGCAAGCUCUUGAAGUAUCGCUUAGGCAGCAUGCUUCAGCACACGUGGAGUUUGCCUCACAAGCUCGCAGCCUUGCUGGAGAGGAAUGAGGAGAAACAAGCAGCUGCGAGAAGCUUCUUGAAGACUGUGGCCAGCACCCUGCAAGCAGUGCAGGCCAAAGGAACACUUGCAGCAAAGCAGAUGCUCAAAGGGCAGCACAGUCCCAUAGGCAACUGGGCUCUGGAUCGCUUGGCGAAGGUUGAGUUCCAGACGACUCCUGCUGAGGUUUUUCACAUGGAGGUGAGCGAGAUGUUGAGCUGGCGGAUAGGGACACAGCAUGACCUGCUGAAGGGCUACAAGCGGAAGGAAAUCCAAGCUGCCGACGUGAGAAGUCCGCCCAAGGACUACGACCCUCAGCUCCUUUUCAGGCGGCAAGUCGACAGGAUGAGCAAGCCAGAGAGGACUGAGAGAGAGGAGAAGAUCGAGAGCACCUUGAAGAAGAUCUGCGGACCGACAAAGUGGUAUGUUUGCACACCCGAAAGCCAUCAGCAGACCAUGGUGAACCUUGCCUUGUUGGUGCAUAUCAAGGAGGAGUUCGAGAGGGUGGAAUCUGCGUGGCACGGCUCUCCUUCGCCGGAGGGCCACGUGGUCUUUGUCAAGGAGACGAACAACUACAAGUUCGUGCUGCGGACGUAUCGGAAUGGGGCCUUGGUGUGGCCGAUGACCACGAAGAUCCCCACUGAGCGGGGUGAAGGCUGCAGAGCAUGGACUUUCGACUUGGAGGUUUCGGAACUGGAGUUCCUGUUCGUCUUCGACAAGACAGGCGUCCUCGUGCAUCCGCUGAAGAUGAUGUCGCCCGUGCGAAUGUGGCUUGCGCACAAGUCAUCCGGAUCCGGCGUGACUCUCACGAGCCACAAGGCAGCCUGCUCCUUGGAGUCUUUCCACACGAGCACAGGCUUUGCCAACCUCUCCGAAGAGAUCCUCAAGCGGCUCUGCAAGGACUGGGCAGUGCCCCUUCCGAAGAGCCAAAAAGCCCUGGCGGAGACUAAGGCUCUGCGAACUGCUCUGCUCCUGAACAAGAACCCGGGUCUUGAGGCUGCGUCCGUGAAAGCCGCUGUGAUGAAAGGAGAUGGCAAUCUGGAAGGCGAAGACGAGUUCGACCUUGAAGAAGAAGCCAAGAGGAAGCCCGCUGAGAAGGCCUCGUCAGCAGCAGCUCCUUCGAGGUCUGGCACUGGCGGCGGCACGAGGACGUACGAUCCUGUGCCUGCAGAGAUAGAUCGCCUCCUGCAUGCAUCCAUCCCGAUGGGAGGCAAAGUCUACACCGACGAAGACAAUGGUCGGUGGAAGAUUGGCUUCAGCACGGAUGAGGUUCAUCAGCAGCGGUCGCUAAGCUGGACGACCGCUGGAGGGCCAGCUGCGGGCCUGGCAGCAGUGCGGCAGCUCUGGUCCUGGAGCGAGUUGUACUCAGGAGAAGGCAUGUCGGAACAGGCCGCCAAGAAUGAAGAGGCAAUGAUUGCCGCGAGGGAGCCUGGCCCGCAAAAGACAUUUUUGUUUCUGAAAUAG